AUGGAAGACCUUUAUGUGGCRAACACCAUCUUUGCCCUCAAUUUCUUCAAGCAUCUGGCAAAAGUGAGUCCCACCCAGAAUGUCUUCUUCUCUCCAUGGAGCAUCUCCUCCACCAUGGCCAUGGUCUACCUGGGUUCCAGGGGCAACACUGAAGACCAGAUAGCCAAGGUGCUUCAGUUUGACAAAGUUGGAAACUACAGCAUGGCGUCAGGGGCCCYGCAGAAUCUCACCGGUUGUGACUUCAUGCAGCAGAUACAGAAGGGAAAUUAUCCUGAUGCCAUUUUGCAGGCACAGGUGAGGGACAAAGUCCACUCAUCCUUCCACUCCAUCAGCUCAGACAUCAACGCAACCACAGGGGAUUACUUAUUGGAAAGUGUCAGUAAGCUGUUUGGCGAGAAGUCUGCAAGAUUCAAGGAAGAAUACAUGCAACUCUGUAAGAAAUAUUACUCAACAGAACCCCAGGCAGUAGACUUCCUGGAAUGUGCAGAAGAAGCCAGAAAAAAGAUUAAUUCCUGGGUCAAGGCUCAGACGAAAGGCAGAAUCCCAAACCUGUUACCUGAAGGCUCUGUAGAUGUGGAGACCAGGAUGGUCCUGGUGAACGCAGUCUACUUCAAAGGAAAGUGGAAAAUUCCAUUUGAGAAGAAACUCAACGGRCCUUAUCCUUUCCGCGUGAACACGACUCAGCAAGUACCUGUACAGAUGAUGCACUUGCACGAGAAGCUGAACAUUGGAUACAUAGCGGACCUGAAGGCUCAGAUUCUAGAACUCCCRUAUGAUGGGGAUGUCAGCAUGUUCCUGUUACUUCCAGAUGAAGUCGCCAAUGAGUCCACCGGCCUAGAGUUGCUGGAAAGUGAAAUAACUUACGACACACUCAACAAGUGGACCAGCAAAGACACAAUGGCUGAAGAUGACGUGGAGGUCUUCAUUCCUCAGUUCAAACUGGAAGAGCGCUACAAGCUCAAGCCCAUUCUGAGAAGCAUGGGCAUGGAGGAUGCCUUCAACAAGGGCCAGGCCAAUUUCUCAGGAAUGUCCGAGGGGAAUGACCUGUACCUUUCUGAGGUGUUCCAUCAAGCCACCGUGGAUGUCAAUGAGGAGGGCACUGAAGCAGCAGCUGGCACUGGGGCCAUUGUGACGGGGAGGACUGGCCACGGUGGCCCACAGUUUGUGGCAGAUCAUCCUUUCCUUUUCUUUAUCAUGCACAAAAUAACCAAGAGCAUCCUAUUUUUUGGCAGAUUCUCCUCACCUUCAAAUUGA